AUGUCCGGCAGCGAUGUCGAACACGUUUCUGGCUUCGUUGACGCUGGCCCUCCCCGAUCUCCGCGCCUGUCCUCGUCCAGCACAGCAGAUGGCUUUUAUGACGCUCUUUCCGAUAAUGGCGCCCACGACCCUUCGCUGACUCUUUCACCCCCUCGUCCAACUUUGUCCCGGUCAGGUACGACAUAUACCACCCAGGAAGGUGUCUCAGAUCCACAACGUUUCGCGUUACCCGCGACCGUUGCUCCGAACGGCUAUCCCAACCGUCACCAACAUCGAUCCUCCCCCGACCCUGACGAAUACUAUCGCUCCCAUUCACCUACAUUGCCUCCGGGGGACGACCCUGGGAUCCGAGCAGCAGGUGGCUCGCUGUCCAAAACGCCCAACCCCGCUGUGGAUGCCCGCUCUGUGAAUACCUCACAACCCCGAGUGGCCUCGGUGCCUACCCAUUCACUGGACCCGUCAGGUUUAAACCUGGGGAAAUACCGCUCAGUGUCAGACACAUCUUAUUUAGGCCAGCCUGAUUUUCCCAGCGGUCUUUCGCCCGUGCGGCCCUCGACAGCGCGCCCUAAACAAAACUCGUUCAAAGACCUAAUCAACAAAUUCAAUAACAACGUCGAUCACGUCCUCCCCGUCCCCAUCCCAUCCGCCUCUGCAUCUCGAGAGCAGUCCAGGGCUUCUAGCCCGGCUCCGAUCGAUCAUAGCAUACGGCCUAGCGCGGCGUCUCGCAGGCGAGACACCGGUAGCUCGAUAACGCAGAACCAAACAGCACCCCGGUGGGACUCGCCAGGAGAUUUAGGCCGCGGUCCUCGAUCACAUUUCGCUCUGCCUGCGCUGAACACAACGAACUUGAACAACGGCUCGUUGGGUGACAACCAGCCAUCGAAUUUGUUUCCGCGACGGCCUUUAUUUGGGGAGUUGCUUUCAGUCGACACAGACCUUCAGGGAUAUGGGAUCCCAUCGCACCUGCGACGUCGAGGUUCUGAAGGAAGCAUUGCUACUCCCAACCCUGCGUAUCUAGAUUCUUUCGAUCCGUCAUCAGCUGCAACGCCGUUGACCCCAACAGCGUGGUACCUAGGACGCACACCCUUCUUAGAAGCAGUAAGCACGGGGGAAAGCUCGAGUCGACAUCGACGAACAAGGAGUGAUAUACCAGGGAAUUCACCAGUGGGUGUGAAUACGCAUCCGCUCGAUUUUGACAUGGCGGUCGCCGCCCCCUUGCAUCCUAGUUCGCGAACGUACAUGGACAGGCCGCAUUCCAAGUCGCGCAUUCCAGUUUCUUCCCGCCGCCUGAAUUCACCUACCCCUUCAGACGACUCUUCACCGUCCCCGAAAGCUCAUUCACCCACCCACCACAACACACAAACCCAUAUUCCACCCAAAGGCCUCAGCCGUCUCCCCAAGCCGUCUCCAAAAUCUCCCGGAGACCUGGUAUCUCAUGGCCAACCCGCUUUUCCCACAAAUACUACGCCAACCCCACCUCGCGGAAGGCGGGAAAUGGGCUAUGGUCGCUCCCGGACGAAACUUCCCGAAAAGAGCCCCCUACUGGAGGCCUACAUAGCUGCACCACCUCCAAAGAAGUCGCCCCCCUUGCGCAGUUCUCGACCUCGCCAACCCGUUUCGCACAAUUCAACCGCUGCAUCUAGGUCACGAGUUGGGGAAACUGUGUCAAAUCUUCAAAAGCAGAUCCACCGCGAGCGAGAAGUGCGAAAUCCUCGGCCACGGGAGCGGAGGUUACCAGAACUGGGGAACGUUGACUUUGCAACUCGACGCCAGAAAAUCCAGCAGGCGUUCAACCGCACGGUUAAAGAGAAUGAAAGGAGAGAGGAAGAAGCAGCCGAGCUUCGCCGUCGAGCUUCCGUUCAAGAAAGCCUCUCAAAACCCUACGAUAAUCUACCACAUAAACCCAAACCAAGUGCACAGGAACCGGCGGCACCAGAAUCCGUUUCCCCGGCAGAUGAUACAGCGACUGUCAUAGAAGAGUCCACGGAACCUUGUGAGGAUGAAACGCCAGGCAAAGAGGAUGUAGAGGCCUUCCCGCAACUUCAUGUCAACACCAACGUUCCGAACGAUAACUCCCAUGCUACAACGAUGGACUCACCCACUUUAGGGCAUCCAAUCCUAGCCCAGAAGGAUAUAGGAGGCUCAAAACCUUCCGAUAUACCACCGGAGUCCUCUACAGCUUCUUGCUCUGAGGAUUCCCCCGUGACUACUUUCGAUCCAGAACCGCAGACCGCGAUAUCGCAACAGGAUGUGCAUACAUCUCAUAGGACGCUUUUGAGCGAGAUUAUGCGCAUCCGUGAAUCGAGCCCCAGCAGCUCCUCGUGUGACGAACAGGAAUAUGGUUUCUCUGACAAUGAUGAGAAGCAGCCCAUUCCAAUUUUGCUAAGAGACAAGCUAGCUUUCGACGGCGCUAUGCACGGUAGAACAACUGGAGAGACGUCAGAUCUAUAUGCACAGCGUAAACCGAAUGCUGGCGACAUAUCGAACAGAUGGAGUAUGGGCUCGUGGUCUUCAUCCUUGCGCCACCAACAUUCCACCGACGACCAAUGUGAUGGAAGCGGAGAUGACCUUUCUCAGCUGCACCAAUCCACGGAAAAUAGUGAGCUGGUGACCCAGUCUUGCUCUGCUUCUUCGAUGACUCCGUCCGAUGCCGGGAAACACGGUAUUAGCCCCACAGAGCAAAACAUCGAUGUGGGACACGAACAGAGGCAAGAGGAUGUGAAUACUCGCCAGACUCAGGGGCAUACCAAAACACCAAGUCUAGCCAAACUUGGUGGUUGGGACUCGAAGAAGAUUACGCAGCUUUAUCUGGAAGAGCUUGCUCGUGGCAGGGAUCACACUCUCCCUCUUGAUGUUCGCCGCUCUCCUGAACCACGCCCGCCUACAAGUGAUGUACGAGCGGAUGGGAGGACAGACAGCUUGACGGAUGACCCUGUAAUGGUAUCCAGGGUUGAUGGGAUCCCCGCGUCGCAUCGAAACUCUCAUUCCGCUAGCCUGGUCCUCCGAGAUGACUGGGAACAUGCAUCUCCAUCGAUUAUGGAUUGGAUGCAGAUCGCUGCUGAUGAUGCCCCCGCACCGCAGGAUCAAACCGAUGAUACAAGCCCGCAAAAUGAUAGUGCACCAACCCCAACGCUUGUAACCUCGAACUCUCAAACAUCGCACAUCGAAGAAGGUAAUACGGGUCUUGGUCUAGCCAUCAAUAUCCAAUCGCCGCAGGAGCCCGCACCCGAGGAACCGAGUAUCCCACCGAUGCCUCUCCACGAACCUCCACCACCGCCAACCACCACGCAAACAGAUACCGGCGUCCUUCAAGAACCACUGGAGCGUGUCGGAAGUAUUCCUCCUACCCAGCAGCCCAUGAGUACCUCAGAAUCCGCUACGUUCGCGCCUCUUGGUCCUGUUCAAAGCACCGCGAGCAGCGAGGACUCCAUUAGACGGCAUACGGCCUCAUCCUCCCCCAAAGCGAGGGAUUCAUCCGCGACUUCGCUAGUACCUUCGAGCUUGGAACAGCCUCGCCCCGACACUUCGUCUCCCUCUCCUGAUCAGCGCCGCUUAAAGAAACGGCGACACGUAAUAAAGGAGCUUGUCGAUACUGAAUAUACAUUUGGAAGAGACAUGAAGGUUGUUGAUGAUAUCUACAAAGGAACCUCAAGUUCCUGCUUGGACUUAUCUGCAGAUGAUAUCAAAAUCCUUUUUGCCAAUUCCGACCAAGUUGUGCAGUUUUCUAUGCUCUUCCAAGAUGCACUGAAAGAGGCAGCCAAAAGUGUGUAUGUCAUGCCUAAAUCGCAACGCUGGAGUAGCAAGCGCAAUGGGCGGACUCUUCACGCUUCCAAGAACGAUUCAGAAACAUCUGAGGGAGCAGGACCAACGGAAUUGGAGAAGGACCGGACGACCUGUAUUGGCCAGGCCUUUAUGACCCAUAUCGCCCAUAUGGAGAAGGUCUAUGCUGAGUAUCUGAAAAACCACGAUGCUGCCAAUAAAAAGCUUCAAGUUCUCCAGCAGAGCACAAAUGUGUCGAUCUGGUUGAAUGAGUGCAGAGAAUGGGCAUCAGAUCUUACGAGCGCCUGGGAUCUGGAUUCUUUACUUGUCAAGCCAGUACAGCGGAUUCUGAAGUACCCUCUUUUGAUAUCAGAACUGCUCGACUCAACUCCGUCGGACCACCCAGACCAUGCCUUACUUGUGAAGGCUUUGGAAGAGGUUACUAAUAUUUCCGUCCGUAUCAACGAAAUGAAGAGACGAGCAGACGUGGUUGGCCAAGUUGUCGGACGAAAGAGGAAAGAAUCUGACGUUAGAAUCGGCCUCUCUAAAGCGUUUGGUCGUCGCACGGAGAAAUUGAGACAGCAAGUAGGCCUGUCUGACAUGGUUGCUGAUACAGACUACGACUCUCUGGCCCAGAGAUUUGGCGACAAUUUCUUCCAGCUACAGGUAGUCAUGCGUGACGCUGAAACGUACACUCGCGAGACUCAGGAGUCCAUGGAGCGUUUCCUUGAAUUUGUUUCGUCCAUCGAGGCGUUCAUUGACGUUUUCCAAACCAGCUAUCCUGAACUUGAGGGGAAAUGGCGCGUUUUCAAGAUAUCUGUUCAAGACAUUAUGGCAGGGACCUUGCCCGAACAUCUCGAUGUUGUGAGAAAGAGUGUGAUAGACCCAAUGGUUACACUACUCAAACUCCAUGAAGGUCCGCAGAAGGUCAUGAAGAAACGCGACAAGCGCCUUAUGGACUAUGCUCGGUUCAAAGGCAUUAACGCUCGAGGAGAUAAACCCGACAAAAAGACUGCCGAGCAAGCUGAUCAGUUUGUUGCCCUCAAUGAAACCCUCAAAGAUGAGCUUCCGAAACUCUAUAAUUUGACGGCCAAAUUGAUGGAAGCGUGUCUGAAGAACUUUAUCCAAAUCCAGACCACCUGGUUCAUUGUUCUACAGAAAAAGAUUGGACCAUUGAUUGACGCCUUCCCCGAAAAUGUCCAGAAAAUCAUCGAUGAUUGGACAACGCGGUUCAGCUUCUCGGAGUCGCAAGUGCUCUCUCUUGGAAUUUGCAAUGGUUCCUUGCUCGCAGACUCGGUCAAUCUCGUCAACUUUAACACCCCGUCCACAGCACAGGGUGUUGGCUCUCCUCGCCGGCCGUCAACAACACAUAGUUCUAGCACUCGGGCAAUGGAAGAGUCGCCUAAAGUCUCUCAUGAUUUUAGCGCUAGCAACCGCUCCUUCCAGUCACCCGACAUUGACAACCAAUCCCGAGUGUCUUUUGGCCGUCAUCGCGCCGACUCAGCCUUUUCCGGCCGACCGGGGACUGAGUCGUCGGAACUGCCCAGAACGCAAGUGUUGCACCAAGUAAACAGUGCGUCAGCUACAUCUGUGCCUCCGGGACAGUCGAGCACAGGAACUUUCCCUAGUCUUCCUAGACUUAGCCUCGAUUCUCCAUUUCUAGCAGACGUUAUACAGUCCUCAAACAACGAAAGCACAGCGGAUGAGAACCAACCUUCGUCACCUGCCGCUCGAUAUUCGGGAUUCUUCUCUUCAGCAAUGCCCAUGUCGGAUAACCCACCAGAGGCUUCCGGCGCCGAAUCCAACCAGACCAAACAACCCGCGGUUUUAUUCCUUGCCGCUAGUAUCUACGAAUUCAAUAUAGACCGAGCCCGGCGCGAAGCUGGAUACCCUUAUCUCACGUAUGUUGCGGGUGAGAUCUUCGAUGUCAUCGCCGAGAAAGGUGAAUUAUGGCUGGCAAAGAAUCAAGAUGACUCAACUCACCAAGUUGGUUGGAUAUGGAAUAAACACUUUGCCAAGCUUUCGUCAUGA